ACUUUUUUUGUUUACUUUUUAUAACCAAAAAUUAAUGAACUUUAUGCUUCAAUUCAAUUAAUAGUUAAAUGAUUCUUUAUAUAUUAAUUAUCGCUGCAAACCUUGUCGGUUUUUCCUAUCCCGAUUGUGGUUGUAAUAAACUCAAUCGUGAUGCACCACAAGUUGAUAAAAUAGAAAACCACUGUAGUAAAUCUAAAGAUGAAAAUGGAUUUUGUCCACAAUCAUCUGAGGAAUCCAAGUUCAAUGAUAUGUCCUUAAUUCCUGGUGGACAAUACCAAAUUGGUACAAAUACACCUCAUUUUGUAGCCGACAAUGAAUCGCCCGAACUUGAUGUUCAAAUCAAAGACUUUUACAUGGACAAAUAUGAAGUCUCAAAUCGUAGAUUCAGGGAAUUCGUUGAAGCUACAAACUAUGUAACCGAAACUGAAAAAUUCGGUGAUAGUUUUGUUUUCAAAAGUUUCCUCUCCAAAAAAAUGAGAGAAGAAUACAAAGAUUUUCGUGUUGCAAGUGCUUUAUGGUGGUAUAAAGUAAAAGGCACUGAUUGGCAACAUCCUUAUGGACCAGAAAGUGAUAUCAAUGGCAUCUUAGACCAUCCAGUUGUUCAUGUAACAUGGAAUGACGCAGUGGCAUUUUGUGCUUGGGAAGGAAAACGCCUUCCAACCGAAGCAGAAUGGGAAGUAACCUGUCGAGGUGGAAAGAAACGCAAACUCUUUCCAUGGGGAUCCAAAUUGAUGCCAAAAGACAGACAUUGGUUAAAUAUAUGGCAAGGUGAAUUCCCAGAUGAUAAUACCAAAGAAGAUGGUUACGAAGGAACGUGUCCCGUUGAUAGUUAUAAGCAAAAUAUUUUUGAUAUGUACAACAUUGUUGGCAAUGUAUGGGAAUGGACAUCCGAUUUGUGGGAUGAAAACGAUAAAAAUAAUCCCCCAAAUCGUGUUAAGAAAGGUGGAUCAUAUCUUUGUCAUGAGUCGUAUUGUUAUAGGUAUCGAUGCGCAGCUCGUUCGCAAAAUACCGAAGACAGCUCAGCGGGUAAUUUGGGUUUUAGGUGCGCCAAGAAUCUCUGAAUGUUUUUUUUUUCAGUUUAAUUUAAUAAAAUUUUGAAAUCAA